AUGACUCAGACGCGGAUGUGCCUGCACCACUACCUUGGGGGCUCAGCGGCGAGCGGAGGCGAGCAUGACCCUCCACGAACGUUCGAAAACGAGAUGACCGACGAGGAGAUUGAACAGAACACGGCCAAGAUCCUUGAGCUGGGGGAGAAAGGGAAGGAGAAGGCCCUGCUUUCGAACGAGCAAACGGAGGACUUGAAGUUCCUCUUUGGAGUUUUCAGGGAGCUAUGCGAGGGGGCGCAACCAGAGGACGCGUCGACCGAGGCCUUGGCGGCUAUGGGCUACAAGGUCGACAUUCUGGCGAGAGGGAACGACAAGGUCCAACUCGAGCUUGCCAGCAUGGUGUCGAACCCGGCUAGCGCGGGGUUGUGUUACGACCCCACGUCCGGUGGAGGCGAUGGCACGUGGACCACCCGGACGUCCGUCAUGUUCUUUGUGGACAUGGUGAAGGGCCACGAUGUCGACCUACUCGUGCGUAUCACCAGGUACUUCCCGAAUCCAGCUGGGGGACCCGAGUACCUCGUCGCCCUUGGACCCGAUGGAUUCGUGCUCUGCACAUGCCUGCGGUUGUUGGUCGACGGUCUCUGCUGCCGUAUGCCUUCCGGGCCAUGCCCGAGAUGGACUUCGGCUUCAACGCAGGGUGCAUUGCACCCCGCUGGCGUGACGGCUCCUGCCGAUCCUGGCGUUUUCCCCCACUCCAAACCCACGGCGAGAGCAAGCAACUGGUCCAGCUGCCUCGCCUUCGGGAAGGAGGUCGCAUCUCUCAUGACAGCGUUCGACUCCGUCGCCCCCUGCCAACGCGUCCUAGGCAACCUGAUGAACCACGCAAAGCAGCUCAUCGAUGUGGAGGUGGCGUCGCAGCAUGAGACCUCCACGAGCCGGAUUUUCAAGGGAGUCGUUGCCCGGCCUACGACCACCACCGACCCGCCAGAGGAAGAUGACGCCCGGACCGCGCCGGGCAGCGGUCGCACGCGAGGAAGCGGCCGAGGGGGAGGCGGGCGGGGGGCGAGGGCACGUGACGGGAUCGGUUCAACAGGAAGAGGGGGGGUGGGAGGGGCGCUCCCUGGUGGUUCCGCGGUGGGCAUGCCGAGCCUUGAAGUGGUCGUUCCGGCCUACCAACAGGCGGCCGACGCCGGCACCACCAGCCGGGGUGGGGAGGGGGGAGGGCCGGGCCCUCGUGUUUCCGCGGCGGGCAUGUCGAGCCUUGCCGUAGGCGUUCCUGCCUUCCAACCGGCGGCUGGCACCGGCGCCACCAGUGGAGGAGGGGACGGGGGAGGGCCGGGCCUUGGUCUUUCGGCGGCGAGCAUGCUAAGCCCUGGAGUGGAUCUUUCGGCCCGCCGGGCCGGCGGGACUGGCACUGCUGUGGGUAUCGGCCCCGCAAUCACGAACGGGACACCCCCGAUGGGGGGCUUGGGCGCACCGCUUCGCUCCCUGAGCAACGCACCUCGAGGCGGGGUGGGGCAGGUUUCCCUCAGUCUCGCGCCCACGGCUUUUGCCGCGACAAACUCCUGUGCGCCGGAGGGCUUCCAGGAAUCAAGAUUGAAUGGACCAAGACUU